UGGCGCUGUCGUGCCGUUGAAUUAAUGCGCUUCUCCAUUGGCGACUUGGAAGGACAUAGCCUAUUUAUCCUGUUAUCCAUUUUUAUCCAAUGUGUUUUUUACUCAAACCCUCCUAAUGCCAUCGAUUCUCAAUAAGUCCGAUAUAGCUACAGUAUUUCCGAAAUUUCAGAACUCAGAUAUCAGGCUGUCGUGAUCAUUUGAGAAUCUUAUAAGGCCGUUACACGCAAGAGCAGCAGGAUACCGCAGGUUAGUCAGCCGCACUUAGCCGCUAACAUCACAAACAUGGAACCGCACAACUCGACGUUUGGAGUGCAGCUUUUCAUUUAUGAUCUAUCGCGGGGAAUGGCCAGACAGCUCAGUCCGAUAAUGUUGGGAAAACAGCUUGAUGGGAUUUGGCACACAUCUAUAGUGGUCUAUGGAGAGGAAUUUUUCUAUGGUGGUGCUGGGAUCUCAAGUUGCCCACCGGGCGGGACGAUGCUCGGGCCUCCAGACACAGUGGUGGAACUGGGAAAUACAGAGGUGACAGAGGAGAUCUUUAUGGAUUAUCUGUCCUCACUUGGAGAGACAACAUAUAGUGGUGACAGGUACAGAUUGUUUGAACACAACUGUAACACGUUCACUAAUGAGGUGGCCCAGUUUCUCACUGGAAAUAAAAUUCCCUCCUAUAUCACAGAUCUGCCCUCUGAAGUGCUCUCCACGCCAUUUGGUCAGGUGUUGCGGCCAAUCCUGGACUCGAUACAUAUCGCCCCUCCAGGCGGAAACGUGAUCAACAGCCAAAAUAAUCAUAGCUAGAUCAUCUUUGUAAUCUCACAUACUCACACAUGCAAUAAUUCUCACAAAGGCUUGUUAAUUCACACACAUUUGCCCUGUUAUAAAUUAAAUUGGCUCAAAAAUCAACCAUUUGUCAUCCACAUUCACAGUUGCCCAAAUAUUUUGCUGAAAGUGUUUCAAGCACAAGGUCUUGGGUCAUCCUUCCAGAUCAUAUUUUCAUAUUUCUCUUGGUCUCUAUGGUUUUCAUUUUAUUAUCUAUCUUUAUUUUGUAUUUCUACAACCCACCACAUGCAAAGGUCAUGUGUAAAACAUUUUCAGUAAAAAUGCAUAUUUGUUGAUGAUAAUCCAACUCCUGCUAGUUUUGAUUAAUUUCACUGAAUUUCAUGCUGUUUUCCCCACUAAUAUGUCUGUUUAUACGUAUUAAUAUUGGCAAGCCAAAAAGUAUAAAGACGCUUUCAUUUUAUUUAUUUAUUUUUGUGUGUAAAUUUGUGACAAAGACUUGUAUAUGACUUGCAUUAGUUUUUGCUCUGAACUGAAGAUCUCAUUGAAUGUGACCGAAUGGACCAUGAUGCUUGUGGCUCAGAGUCAGAGAAAUACACAUAGGUAUGCAUCUGUGCCUUUGUCAUGGCAGCUCGGGCACAGGUACUGUAAUAUUUUUAACGCAUCUAUGUAAAGUAUUCAUUAUUUCUACAUGUUUUGUUUAAGGUAGAUGAUGCCCCCUCCAUUUCUUUACCGAGCUAAAUGCUUUUAUAUAUGCUUUACGCUUGUUUUAUUUUAAUGAAAGAAAAGUUUGCUGCUGUUGUCAGUGUUAGCUAAAUGUGUGUCUUUGUUCUUGAUAUUUAUUAACAUGUUCCUCCUAUUUUGAAGCGCUUUAUUUAUUUGGCACAAGUGACGCAUGUAACAUUCAGAGAUGUUUGAUGGAAAAUUUUUAUUUAGUUGUUUUCAUGCUGUUCUCAUUGUCAAAAUGUUGCUGCAAACCCUAAACUGCACUGAUUAUUUUGAGAUUUAUCCUCAUGUUUUAAUGGAAGUCAUGUCAUUAAAGAACCAGCAAUGAGUCUACAUAAA